GUGUGUAGCAAUACUUACUACAGUCAACCGUUACGCAUAUUAGUGAUGUGUUUCAUUUGUUUAAAUUGUAUUUAUGUUCGUGAAUUGCUGUAUUCUGUUCAGUGUCAUCUGAAGAUACUCCACUAGGUGGCGGCAUUGCAGCGUUUUACAUUCGAUACGCCGGAAAACCCCAACAGAAGAAGUUCGUUACGUCUGCUGUCGUAAACAACGUCAAGAUGUCUGAACGAGCAGCUUAUGGCUUAGCCUGAAACAUAAACGCUGAGUUUUGUUUUUGGUUUUACCUUUUGUUUUUGUUUAGUUUGGCGUCCUGGACAUUGCGUUAGAUGGGGACCAAGCGUUUACCAUGAAACUCCGGGUGCAGCAUGACGGGAGUGAUUCCAGAAGAGCACUGAAACUGAGGGAGUCUCCUACUGUAAUGCAGCCUGAUUCAAGUGAGCGGGGCGCCCAUGCAGGAAACGGUUUAUCCCUUACUCUGCAACCAGAGCUUGUCACCAGGACGCCGGUGCCUGGUGCGGCUGCCGCCAGCCCUGAGAGCAAUGAGGUGCGGGUACCCAUGACUGGUGGGGCCGGGGAGUCCGGCGGAGCCUCCUCAUCCAGAAGGUGCAGAGUGAACUCCCACAGCCACUCCCAUUCUCAGCCACACGGACACAGUCGACAGCAGCACCACUCGAAUUCAGAGCCUGACCUCGACCCGCCAGAUUCUGAUCUGGACUCCGGAGAGCCCAGCACUUCCUUGUCCGAGCUCCGUUGUCUCUUCCGCUGGCUCCAAAAGAGCCUUCCUUUUCUCAUCAUACUGUGUGCUAAACUGGUCAUCCAGCAUGCUCUUGGUUUAGCAGUUGGGGUUGGCCUCUUCACCACCUUUCUAUAUGUGAAUAAAAGCAUUCAAACUCAAGUCUUUCUUCAGGAUCGUCACUCAAAGCUGCAGUGUGUAUGGCUGCUACUGUUCCUGAUUUCUUCCACCCUCCUGCUUUACUACACCUUUCUCACUGAGACGCUUUACUAUUGCCUCAUCUUCCUCAGCCCGACCAUUGAGCCGCUGGGUUUCUGGGAGGUUCUGUGGGCUGUCGGCAUCACCAACUUUGUAAUAAAGUUCCUCUACAUGGGGAUUAAGUGCCUUAUUCUGCUGCUGCCAUCUGCACUGGUGACGUACAGAACCCAGGGGCGGUGGCUGAUGCUAACUGAGGAGCUGGGUCAGGCCCACCAGGCUAUGGCUCCUGUUUCACUGUGGUUUCGCUACCUGGUCAUGUACCAGGAGUCUGACGGCACCCCUGGACUCACACUGGGGGUCUUGCUGGCUUUGCUCUACCUCAUACUGAAGCUUUUAGGAUUGUACAGUCAGUGGACGACUUUACUGAAAACUGUGAGGAUAUUUCUAAAGGGCGAGAACACAGGCUCAGCAGCCACUAGGAGUCAGUGCAGCGAGGCUGGCGAUGUCUGCCCCAUCUGUCAGGGAGAGUACAGGGAGCCUCGGGCUCUUAUCUGUCAGCACAUAUUCUGUGAUGAGUGCAUCGCGCUGUGGUUCAACCGGGAGAAGAGCUGUCCUCUCUGCCGCACUGUGAUCACAGAGAAGGUCUACAAAUGGAGGGACGGAGCAACAUCUCCGCACCUGCAGAUUUAUUGAUUGAUAAGGUGCAGGUGGUGGCUUCUGUGUGUGUGUGUGUGUGUGUGGGACACUGGUAUUAGGUUGUACAACCCCGAUUCCAAAAAGUCAGGACGCUGUGUAAUGCAAGAAUAAAUCAAAAUUUGAUCAUUUACUUCACUUUUUUGAUAUGUACUCAAUUUGAAAACAGCAAAAAGACACUUUAUUUAAUGAUUCCCCUUAUCAACUUUGGUCAUUUAUGGUUAUUCGGAAUUGGAUGCCAGCAACACAUUUCAAACAAAUUGGGGCAGGGGACACAAAAGACUGAAAGUUGUGGAAUGCUCCUAAAACACCUGUCUGGAACAUUCCACAAGUUAACAGGUUCCUUGGUAACAGGUGAUAGUUUCAUGAUUGGAUCUGAAACGGGCCUUCGAAAGGCUCCGUCAUUCAUGAGCACGGAUGAAGUGUGAGGUUCACCUUUUUUGUGAAAUACACUAUUGUAAUAAAGAGAUGACUCUUUCAGGAACACUUCAUAAAGCCGUAGUUGAUGAACACAGGUGAUCUGCAGAUGACUGCAUUCUUACUCAAUUUAUAUUUUACACAGCGUCCCAGAAUCUGGGCUGUAUUCAGUAUGUGAUUCCUGUACGACUCUCCAACCACACUGAAGAGUAAUGAUGUUCACACUGUUUCAUUAAUCAGCUAAUGGCUGCACCCCCAGGGCGCAGGCGAUGCACCUAUAGUAGGGUUAAAUGUUUCUGGCUUAUUAACCAGUUCAUCCCUACUUGUGACCGUCACAAAAAAGAAUGUUGAUUAUUUUCUUUCAUGCGCCCCAAGUGUUUGAUUUUUCUAUUUUAAGUUGUUUCCUCUUGUGUUGUGUUGCAUUCAUUCACCUUUAAUCUUAAUAUA